GCGGUGGCGCCCGGGCUCCGGCUGCUGGAGGCGCUGCUGCGCACAGUAUUCGGCCGCCAGGCGGGUGGCCCCGUGCAGGCAGCCGCCUACUGUCCCAGCCACCCGGAAUCCAGCCUGGCUGUCCAAGCGGCCGCCUGCAGAGCCCUGCAAGCCGCGGGGCCCGGGCGACCAGAAGAAGGAACUUGGGAGAGAUCUGGCCUCCCAGGACUGCUGGCCUGUUUUACUUGGGGUCCUUGGAGCCAGAGGAAGGACCAAGAUGCCACCUCCUUCAGAAGCCCAGCUCAGGAGAACUUCCAAGACUCACAGGAGGAGCUGGCACUCACCACCGUAUUUCCCAACGGAGACUGUGAGGACCGUGGAAGUGGACCCAAAGCCUGUGAUGGAGUCGUUCACACGCCCCCUGAGCCCCCUGGAGAAGCCAGAUGAAGGCUGGACCCUCGGACUGUCCCUGGCUCUGACCCACACCCUGAGGCCUGGUCUUUCUCACUGAGCCCCCAAGUCGACCUUGUCUGGUGGUGACUGUAAAACCCCUCUUUUAGGGGGCUGUCACAUUCCCUAUGGCCAGUUCGGGAGCAGGACUUGCUAAGACAGGCAGGGCCUAGGAAAACUGUCCCUUGGGACCGGCUCUCCACUUGCCAUUUGCUACUGUGAUCAUAGUAAGGUUUAUUUUAGCUCUCUGUACCUCAGUUUCUCUAAGCCAAGGAGACGGGUAGCUCUCUACUUUGAGGCUCUGCAGAACUGUGGCACCCCAGGGUGUGUGCAGCUCUGGACACAUGCCGGAGAGUGCAGCUGGAAGAACUCUGGGCCAGAUAUCAUCAGAUCUGGGCUGUGACUUGGGGUGUGUCAUUCCAUCUCUGGGACUUCUGUUUUCAAAUGCAGGAGGGGCUGCCAAACCACUGGCUUUUGAGCCAGGGGCCGGACUGCCCUUCCAGGCAGCAUUGGAAACCUGUGUGUUGGGGUGGGUCACUGACUGUGGGGCACCCCUGGCAGUGAGUGGGAAUCCUGCAGUGUACAGGGUAGUCUCCAACAGCAAAGAAUUGGUUCACUCAAUAUGGUGACACCUUUGAGACACUGGAAAAAACAGUCCCUUUUUCCUGUCAAAUUCUGGGAAGAGUCCCCCAGAGAGUGUCAGGCUUCUUGGGACCUUGGCUCUGAGAACAAGCCAAAAUAAAGACCACAUUGUUGCCCCGGGGGCCUGUCAGGCCAGAGCCAAGAUGGUCCUGUGUGUUGCAGGGCCAGGACAGAAAUAGCCCUGCAUGCCGGUGAGAAGAAAGGGCUGCUCUCUUUCUCAUGUUGAUAUUGACUUUCUGUGCCAAGUCCUUGGAGGGUAAGAAUGCUGGGAGCUGCCCACAGCACCACCCAGAGGAAGGCAGGGGGCAGGGGAUGCUCCGGUCAGCUCUAGGUCUCAGUUCCUAUCCCAAGGUCAAAGCACACAGCCCUGUACCUCAGUUUCUCUAAGCCAAGGAGACCGGUAGCUCUCUACUUGAGGCUCUGCAGAACUGUGGCACCCCAGGGUGUGUGCAGCCUUUCCUUUAAGUCAGACAGGGCGAUGAUGUUCCCUGCAGAGCCUCAAGGCCUGUGUUCACCCACAGGCUGCUCAGCAUCCCUCUCUUGUCGACUUUGAGCGCUGGAGAAAUGCAGUCUUCAGACUCCAGCGGGAGGGCAGCUCCUGAUUUCCCCGUGGGAACCCCCCACCCCUCAGGGAAGUGGCCACGCCCAUUCAUUCCUGCGAUUCGAUGCACUCCCACUCUUUAGCUCCUGACCUUCCAAAUGCUCUGGACCUUCCAGUUGUUAUUUCAGCUUUCUCUGUGACGUUGCCAAAUUGUAGAACGGAAGCCUCUAGCCGAGGGGCUCUGUGAUGUUAAGGAAGGGCCCUCUCUACUCUGUGCCUCAAUUUCUUUUCCAUAACAGUGAGCCAGGUCCUACCCCUCCCUGGCCUCGCAGGGAUGGUGUGAGGUCCCACGAGACAACAUCUUCCUUGGGCCUGGGUGGCAGUGACAUUUUUUAAUAAUGCAGGGUUGUCUCCCCAGUAGAUAGAUCCAGCUGGCAUCUUUACAUAGCAGGAAUUCAAGAAAUUUUGAUUCAUUGAUUUUACUUUUAACUGGGGAGACUGGUAUAUCUGAAGCUGCUAUAUUUUUCUAUUUCCUCAUUGAUCUCUUUAUAAUAAUUUUGGUUGGAAUUUUAUCUGGUGGUGGGGAAGGGGCUUGUUAUACGUUAGGAAUUUGUCUAAGGCAGAAGUUACAGGGUUUAAAAAUCUUUUGUAUUUGUUGCCAAUAUUUGAAACUUGGCACAUUAAAAAAAAAAUCUAGUUUUCUGGGUGGAUGUGGGGCAUGUUUUCAUUUCCUUCUCCACUUGGAUGCCCUCUCCUACCUUCCCACCCACCCCAUCCCCCACUGCACUUCCUUCACAGGACACCUGCCUGGUGCUGGCUCAGGUGAGCAUUUGAGUUUGCAGUCUAUGGGUUUCAGUGGUGUUUUAUACAUUAUUUUUUCAUUACUUUCAGGAUUUCUUUUGAAGAGUUAAGAAAAAGGUCUUUGUUUCCUGAGAUUUGGGUGCUUACUCUCAACUGAUAAAACAGAGCUGAGAUGGAUCUCUGUUUCCUUGAGACAUGACUGUGAUGUGCACCAUCUUUGAAGGGACAGUCUCAGCGCUGUUUCCUAGCAGACAGAUUAGUUGGGUGCUAUCAGGGAUGAUCUUGAUGGUGGGUCUCUUCCCUGAAGGACUUUAGAAGGCAUGAAGUUUAGUGGGCCAGUGGGAAGCCGGAGACCUUGAAUUAGAUCAGUGGUUCCCAGGAGCCAUGGGGGAGGGCCUACUAGCCAGCCCAGCGUCUGGGUUUUCUGGUACUAAUCUCUAAUGUGGCGAUAGUUUGCCGCUUCUGACUUGAAUGGAUAAUUCCUUAUAUCUAAUAAAACCAAACAAGUACCCCACUGGUGUCUAAUCAAAACGGAGUGAAUCUUCCCCUUUGUUCUCAUAGCGUGUUCCUCACAGGCUCUUGGGAGUAGGGAAUCUGAGCAAAUGGCCAAAGCCUCUCGAAUUGUUGGCAGCCUGAAAGUGACCCAGUCCUGGGUGACAGCCCCACAGCCCUAAUGGCUGGAAUUGGAAAAUAUGUAACAGGAAAGUAGAAGUAAAUAUUUAAAAAGAGAUUUUUUUUUAAAAAGAGAUAACAGUUAGGUAGACAGUGUUUUUGCAGAGCUAAACCAGCUUCAACUGAGUCUCAGAGGAACCUCUGUAAUAUUCAUGUCACAGUUUCUCUUCUUUCAAAGUGUUUGUCUCCAAGAGGAAUCUCUCAAUUGUCAAAGCAAAAAAACGUCAAGGUCAAGGGCUGAAGCCCUCAACCUGAGAUGUAAAUGAGCCACUUACUCCAGGCCAGAACCAAGGACCUAACCUCUUUGGGAAGGUUAAUGACAAUGUAAACUUGAAAGCUUUAAGGGCAGCACAGUAACUCUGCAUGCUUGUCGCCUGUGGUCAGGAGGUCUGGACUUUGUUCUGUUUGCAUGGCAAACUCAGCCAGCAUAAUGAGCAAGUGGAGGAAGCUGGCUGGCUGUUUGUACCAAGGGCUGCAUAAGCCCUCUGCCCUGCUUUUUUUGUGUUAGUGGAUCAAGAAUUGGGACUGAAGCGAAAUCUGGCCAGGCAGCCCUGCCACUUGUGUGGCCUUGGAGUUUGGGGGGUGGGGCCCAGUGCACGGUGCAGGGUGGUCAACCUGGAUCCUACACACAUGCCUUCAGCCUCCGAGCACUAGUCCUCUGUAAGAUUAUACUUAGGGCUGCCUAAUUGGGAGCAGAGGCACACAGGGCCCACUGGGUCAAGCUGUGGUUCAGAGGGUACCAGGAAUCCCAUAGCAGUGGUAGGUAAGGAGAACAAUGUGGGGUAAUCUGGUCCCUAGUGGGGCUGAACCCAAGGGACGAUAUGGGAUCAUGACUUUGGAAAGGGUAAGAACCUUGUCUGGGCUUCCUUCCCCAGCUCCCCAACCCCAGCUGUGCCUCCUGCCUCAUACGCAGACGUAGGACUUCUAGUGCCUUGACAGAUGGAACUCAGGCUCUUAGGAAGGAGCUGGGUUCUGAGUCUUACAUGGGGCUUGUGCACCUGCUCUCCAGAGCACAGUCCUUGUGACCAAACCCUCAUUUUGAAUACAGGUUGCAGAAACUGGCUGUUUUGUAGCCCUGAAUUUUUUCCCUUCCAGACUGGUUCAUGAGAAUUUCUCAGAGCCAGAUAUUCCUUGAUCAUGACCCUAAUCCCAGGCUAACCUGGCCCUGAAGGCCUACCGUCCUAGUGUGCUCCCUGGCUCCUGGCUCCCAAACUGGCUGUCAGGAUGGUCACUUACAGUCUCUUGUUCUUGGAAGAGAAUAGGUCUUCCCUUCAGCCUCUGCAUGUGAUCUGGCCUCCUCCAACACCAGCUGUUCCAGAGAUCAGGCAAGACCAUGGAACAGGCCAAGGGCCAGGCCUCAAUGGGGGCCAGAAGAGUGGAGCUGAGAAAAAGGCUCAUAUGUAGUUGUCCAUUUUCUAAUAGCCACAUUCAAAAAAAGGAAAAGAAACUAGUAAGAAUCAUUUAACGUAUAUUUUGUUUUACUCAAAAUAUUACUUAACUGUAAACUACUAAUGAGGCAUUUUGCAUUUUUUGCAUGCUGUCUUUGAAUCUUGUGAGAAUUUGACAUGUAGAGCCCAAUUCAGAUAUUAAAUUUUCAUCAGCUGUA